UUUUGGCUUUGCGUGCUGGAGAUUUUCUUUGAAACUUUCUGGAUCUGUCAGUUUGGAUCCCCGGGAAGCUGGUCUCAUCUGCAUUGGUCACGGCAGGAAAACGGGAGACUUAAGAAGCGUUUUGUCUUCUGUCACGGAGACGGAUCUGACGUUCGUGACGAUCUGGGUGACCCGAUCCAGGCUUCGAGUAGGAAAGGCGAUGUCCCAGGGCCCCGCCGGCCAGUGGAGCCCCAUGGUGAUCGUGGAGGCUGCGGGUGGAGUCCUGCCCCAGGUUUCCCAUUACUCAAUGAAGCCUCCCAACCAGGAAGAGGGCUGUGUGUCCUUUGAGGAUGUGGCUGUGUACUUCUCCUGGGAGGAAUGGAAACUGCUUGACGACUCGCAAAGGCUCCUGUACCAGACUGUCAUGACGGACAUCUUGGCAAUCAUGUCCUCCCUGGGACUUGUACCUUCUGGGAUCCAUGGCAUCACUCAGCUAGGGCCUUGGGGAGAGCCCUCUGUGCCUGCGUUGAGAUUCCUGACUCCAGGUUGUUGGAUCAAAGUGGAGAGUGAAACACCCCCCUUUGAGCAGAGUCUUUCUGUGGAAGGAGAUCUUAAUUCACCCAUGCCCCGACAGCCAGUGCUGAGCCAUGCUGAGGCAGCCUUGCUAAGGGCAGACAAUGCGAUGGUCCUCCAGACUUCCUCGGGUCUCCUCGGGCAUCAGGUGACUUCCAGUGGUGGGGAGGCAUCCAGGAGCACGGUGAGUGGAGAGGCCAUUGCCACAGAGAAGAAAAACUGCAUAUGCGGUGACUGUGGCAAAGUCUUUACUAGUAUAUCUCACCUUAACCGGCACCGGAUGAUACACACGGGAGAAAAGCCUUUCCAGUGCAGCGAGUGUGGCAUGUCCUUCAGCCAAAAAGCCUUUCUCAUCAAGCAUUUCAGAAUUCACACCGGGGAGAAGCCUUUCAGGUGCGGCGAGUGUGGCAAAGCCUUCAAGCACAACAUCUCCCUCGUUUCCCAUCAGCGAGUUCACACGGGAGAAACGCCUUUUACGUGCAGCGAGUGUGGGAAAUCGUAUAUGACCAGAUCCAACCUAACACGCCAUUAUCAAAUUCAUAACGGAGAAAAGCCUUACAAUUGUGGGGAAUGCGGGAAAGCCUUUAAGGAAAAAUCCAGCCUUGCUUAUCACGCCCGAGUGCACACCCGGGAAAGGCCUUUCCAGUGCAGCGAGUGUGGCAAAUCCUUCAGCCAAAAAGCCUUUCUCCUUAAGCAUUUCCGAGUUCACACCGGGGAGAAGCCUUUCACGUGUGGUGAGUGCGGCAAAGCCUUCAAGCACAACUGUUUCCUUGUUGCUCAUCAGCGGGUGCACACGGGGGAAACACCUUUCGCGUGCAGCGAAUGCGGGAAAUCGUACAUGAACAGAUCAAGCCUUUUGUAUCAUUAUCGGGUUCACACCGGAGACAAGCCUUAGAAACUCAGCCAGUGCGGAAAAUCAUUUCAGGAAAAGAAAAGAGAUCCAGCCUUGUUUAUCAUGUCUGAGUACACACUGGGGGAAAAGACCUUCUGAAUGUUAGGAAUCUGGGAAGAGUUCAAGAAAAUAAACAAUAAAACUUCUCCUCUCAUGACAGACCAGUUAAGUUCACAGCAGAGGAAACACGGAAGUGCGGCGUGUGUGGGAGAUGCUUCGCGGUGAGGUGCAGCCCCAUUAAACACCAGAGAUUUCACACUGCGGCAAAGCACCAUGAGUGCAAGGAAUGUGGCAAAGUGUUUUGCUACAGGACUGGACUUUCUAGACACCGAAAGACUCAUGCGGAGUAGGAGUGCUGAGUGGCGCGAACAUGGGAAACCGUUUCCGUCAUCUCCUGUAUACACACGAGAGAAUGUUCGCUGGACAAACGUCUAGAGCGUUGCAAACGGGAGGAGCCUUGACCCACACCUCCAUCCUCUUUAACUGGAGAGGACACAGCUCUGGGAUGCUUCAUGAACCCACGGACUCUGGGAAAGCCUCUGAGGAAAUGUCUGCUCUUAUUAGUAAUAUACACGACACCCAGAUAGGUCUGAGAACGCAGACAAAACUCUUCAGCCGUGGGUCAACCUUGUUCAGCCUUAGGAGCGAACCAGAUUUUGAAGAGAAGUCCUGAGAGUGGCCUUUGUGAGGGGCGCCAUUCAAUGAAAGUUACUCAACAAAUAAGAACUUUUGGGCAAAAAUGAGAAUUGUUGACAUCUUCCUAUGCCCCAAAAGAUAAUACUUCCUGGGGAACUUAGCAAGGGGCAGCCCUAUGUUCUUGACUGCACCAUGUGGAGUGGAGUUUCCAUGGUACUGUUUGGAUGGGGGAGAAUCAGCACGCCCUCAGUUUAAAUAAGACGUGGUUUUAUUGUUUAGCUUUUUUCUCACUGAAUGUUGCAAUUCCUGGAAUAAAUGAUUGUUUCAUUGGG